AUGUUCACCUCCCGCCACCCCGAAGACCGGUUCCGGCUGCGCAUGCACCGUGCCCGCUCCGUCGACCUCACUAACGAUGAGCUCGUCGAAAUCCGCGCCGCACAACGCACCUUUGAAGGGGCGUACAUCCGCACCUCGCUCUCGCAGUUCUCCUUCGCCCUCGUCGUCCUCAAGAUCUUCACCUCCGAGUUCUACUCCAUCGGCGCGCUCUUCGCGGCCUACGCCGUCGGCUUGCUCCUAGUUAGUGCCUAUCGCAGACAGCAGGGGAAUAGACAGUUCUUCAAUGAGGUCGGGGACGAUGGGCUGGGCAGGAAGAGGUUUCGCACCAGUGGCAAUGUGGUCAUUGCGCUGACGGCACUGAGCAUUGCGGCGUAUGUGAGUCUACUUGUAUUGACGUUGAAGCUGGAGACUUGA